CGAAAAAAAAAUGGAACUUUUUGGAAACGACAAAACUAUGGGCCACUCCUGGGACUUUCUGAACCCGCGCAAUGAAGAAGUCGACGAAAGCACCCAGACGGACUCCUCCGCGCAGGUCGUCGACAGCUCUUCAGAUGAUCCACGGUCAUCGGCCGGGAACGAAGCCACACCGCUCAGAAAGGGCUGCCUCAAAGGGAGCCCUCCCGAGUCCGGCAACGAGCGCAUCUUUGUGCUUCGGAACUGCAAUCAGUGCCACGACUACACCGUGGCUCCUUGCGGCAGGUGCAAGUGUCCCCUCAAGAAUGCUCCCUGCAAGGGGAAUUGCAAAGGCACGGACGAGGCUAGCGGAAGCUGUCCUCGGCACCAGAGGUCGACGGAUGAAGCAGAGCCGCGUCGUAAGGGAGGCACCUGUCCGCUGUGCCAGAAUGAGGGCAGUGAUGGGAUAUCUGGCGGAUUGUGCAGGGAGUGCAACAACAGGAUCCAUGACGCCAUGGGGAAAUACUUUCUCCAGCGAUCGGAGAGCACACCGUACUAUCAGGCACCACCCCCGCAGUCGCAGUAUUCAGCCCCGGCAUAUGGAUUUCCCUCGUAUCCAUAUUCAGUUGCCACAUUGCCACUGCCUCUUCCUCCGGUGCAACAGGCAUGGAAACUUGGCAAGUCUGCUGCGCGAAAGCCAUCCAAAGAUACCUGUGGCUGUCCGCCUCCUCAGGCUUCACAACAACGUAAACGGCCUUCACUGCAGUCUGGACAGCUGGCAUCACAACAGACUUCACAACAAGGACCACAACAGACUCCACAACAAGGAUCACAACAGGGGCCACAACAGGGGCCACAACAGGGGACACAACAGGCUGGACAAUGGCAACCGAUCCCCAACGGCCAGCCAUGGUCGCCGCAGCAGCCGCAGCCGCAGCAGCAGCAGCCGAUACAGCAGCUAUUGGGAGACCCCAAUGGGGGCCAGCCCCUGAACAUCAUUGUGCUGCAGGACUGCGACAAUAAUGCGCUCAUCGAUCAGCUAACCACGGCCAUCAGCCGGAGCGGGGGGCAGGGCCAUGCCAAUCUUCAGCCACCGCCAAACGAACAGGACGCGGUACAGCCAGGAUACAGCAACUACAGCUACAAUAAUCCGCUCAGCGGCUACAUUGACUACGAGGUUGUGGACUUCAAUCGAGGCAGCCAGAUGCAGUACAGUAGGAAUAUGGACUACGAUGAUGGCUAUGACAACGAUGGGUACAUGGAUAGGUAUCAGCAGAGCCGCAGCUCAUGCGACAUAACCUCCUGUGUAGCCAAGAACCCACCCACGACCUGUGCUUGUAACUCCGGCUCCUGCACCUGUAAGUCCUGUCCAAAGGAGUGUAAGUCAGACGGCGAGAAAACGGAGAAUAAAUCCUGCAGCUGCGCCUGCAACUGCACUGCCUGCGAGUGCAAGGUCCAAGAGACAGAGUGUGACCCCACCUGCGGGGGCAAGUGCGCCAGCAAGUGUGAGAAAAAGUGUGAUCUGUGCGAGCUCCUUGCCAAGGCCCUGGAGAUCUUCAUUACCCUCUCCGAACCGAAGAAGAAAAAAAAGCCGCACAGGCCAUACUCCAUCUACUCCAAGAAGAAGGGAGCCUCCAAUGCGGACUACAUAAAGUUAAGGAAGAACAAAAACCGCAAGAGAGUAGCCUCCGGCUCCAGCACUCAGGUGGUGAAUGAACUCCUGAAAGAUGACUACGGAAUGGGCAACAACAAGACCAGGUCCAGCAUGCGGUCUACCUUUCACUCCGUCAGGCCGACCCCCUUGCAUAGCGGAAUGCCAAGCCCGCUACCAUCCCAUAUGAACACCCCCGUUGAGAGCACCCACGAAUUGUUACAUCAGAAGUCCCUUUAUCGCCAUCACCACGAGAAGGACCAUGAAUACGAUACGGACCAUUUCUUCCUCCCCAACUGCGAGAAGAAUCGCUGCAAGCACGACUGCCUGGGCAAGUGCAGCCAGCCGCCCCACAGCUGUCGCAAGGGCUGCAAGAGCCACUGCAGAGCUCACUGCCAUAAGCAGGGCGGCGGGGAUGCCGCCCACAAGAAGUCCGAUCUCCAGGGCGGCUCCAGGCAAUCCCGUUGCUUCCAGUGCAAUGAAGGAAAGUCCUUGUACAGCGGACGUGCCUGGCAGGAGGUGGACAUGAAUGAUACAGACUUUUCAAGACCCAGAAACGGCGAAAACAAACCAAAGAAAAACGGAGCGGGCUGUGGCGGAUGUGCUGGCGGCAGCCCGGCGAUAGUGCGUCGUAGUAGUGCUGGCGGUGUCCGGCACAAGAACGGACUACUGGGCCUCAGUCCCAUCGCCCAUUACCGCCCGGGGAUGCUCAAGUUCCCUGUCAACUACCUACUCACCGGCUCCGAUACCCGACGGAGUCUGGUGCGCACGGCCGCCGGUGUGACGCUCCAUCAGACACCCUACGUGGACCUCACCGAGGCGACGAAGAAGCAGCUUCCCAGCAGAAGAAAACACAGAAAGAGAUCGAGGAGCAGUCGUCCGGCAGCGAAGAAGUGGCAGACAGUUCCAAUGCUCGCUCCGGGAAAAUAUGCAUUAUCCGGGAUCAAGAACCAUGACGGAUAACCCCAGCUCGAUCCAAUAAUGCAUAAUUUCCUUCACACGCGCAGUGGCUUAUAGUUUUAUCCUCAAAAUUUAUGAAUAUUUUCGACCAUUUCCCUUUCGGAUCCCUCAUAUUGGCAAUAAACCGGCGAAAUUCCAACUAA